AUGGCUGCAACAGCAACAACAACCCAAAGCCAACCUCCAAACCCUUUACUAAAAGCACCCAAAGGACCAACAAGAUCAAAGCUUGUUUGUUUCUCUUUUGCUGCAUAUUCCAAAGCCCUUAUCGACCAUCUUAAAUCUCUUGAUAUUCCGAUUCUUCCAGGCUUAACUGACAAAGAAUUCUCCUCCAUUGAAUCAACUUUCCACUUCACUUUCCCUCCUGACCUCCGCUCUAUCCUCCAAGAAGGCCUCCCCGUCGACCCUUCAUUCCCAAAUUGGCGAUCUUCUUCUUCUCAACAACUUAACAUUCUCCUUAACCUUCCUUUAUUGUCUCUUCCCAAGAACAUUACGUUACACAACUUUUGGUCUGAUUCUUGGGGGCCUAAACCUUCAAAUUCCAAUGAAGCCGUGGCUUUGGUUAAAAACUUGCUACAAAAUGCGCCGCUUCUUGUUCCUAUAUAUAGAAACUGUUAUAUCCCUUCGACGCCAAACAUGGCGGGAAACCCUAUUUUUUACGUUGAUGGAGAGGAAGUUAGAAUAUUGAGCUUUGAUAUUACUAGGUUUUUUCAAGAAGUUGAAUUCUUGAGAAGAGGUGGGGUUUUUAAGCCUUUCAUGAGGAGGAAAACCAAUAAUAACAACGUGCCAGCUUGGGCGGCGACCGCGGCGCGGAGGAUUGAGUUUUGGACGGACGUGGCGGAGAGAGGGGGGAGAGUGGGGGCGCGUGGGGUCACGCGUGGGUGGUGGAGUAGGGUUGAGGCGGAGGAGGACUUGGGGUUAGGGGGAUGUUUGGAGGAAGUGUUUUGGAGAUUAAGAGAGGGAGGGUGGAGAGAGGAGGAAGUUAGGGAGAUGAUGAUGAUGGACGGCUGCGAUCAUAACGACAACAAGGAAAAGAGUGCGACCCAAUUGGUGAUGGUCGGAGAGGAUGCGGAGUGGAACGUGAGGGUUUUGUCUGUCGUGUUAUUACGUGCGGGAUGGAGUAGGGAAGAUGUUGUGUACUCGCUAGAUCUCUGUGAUGUUAUUGAUGAAGACGAUGAUAAGGGUGAUGUUCUGUAG